GAAGUGAUAUACUGUUUUAAAGUUAUAGUUUCGUAGGUAAAUACCUGAAUAAUGUGAAAUGGCUGCCGCUAUCAUUGGCAAAACAGAAGUAGGUGUGAAUGAAUUCGGACGAGAUGUGGAAGUUCCUGAAAAUCCAAUAGCAAAACUAAUGUACUAUUUUGAUAGUAUUUGCUAUGCAAUGGAUAUGGAUCGGCAGGCAAGUCCGGAUAAAAUAAAAAAGUUGAGAAAUUAUUCUCGGUACAGGCAGUUGACUGAUGAGGAAAGGGAUCUUCUUCUGUUGCUUUGCGUUCGAUUUUCUCCUGAUGAACUGAUAAACAAAUGUCUUUUUCUAGACGAAGAAAUGUGUGGCAACGACAUAAACAAGUUUUACAAACUAGGAGCUGUCCGUCAUCGCUUUUUGAUCACCGAAGAAAUCAUUAUUGGCGGCCAGACUACACAUGUCAAGCAAAUUUUAUGCUUUCGAAAAAUGUGGCUGGAAUACUGCUAUUUGGAACCAAUGAAGAAUGUGGAGAAAGAAUUGCGAUCUAUUGCUGGUAAACUUACGGGUAGACCUCAAUCUGGCGCAAACAGUGGACAACAAAUUGGAGCUGUUCAGCAGCGUCGACCUCAAUCCGGCGCAAACAGAGGACAACAAGCAGGAGCUGUUCAGCAGCGUAGACCAGCCCCGGAUGUUGCUGUACAACAACAAAGACGUCAGCAAAGGACACAACCUACCCCGGCAUCACCUCCGCCACAAGAAGAAAAGAAAAAAGAUUGCGUAGUGAUGUGACUGAAAUAUGCGGGUUCGAUUGACACUGGAAUUAUAACAGUAGAAGCUAUUUGGUAAUUGUUAUUUGGCUGGCAUACAUCUAUCUGGGAAAAAUAUAAUUUUGUAACUUAAUUAAUUUUUGAGAAAAC